CUUGUCACUUGAUUAAAGAAUAAAACAAUAAAUAUUUUUAUUAAUUUUUCUGUAUUUCGUAUAAUUAAUUAAUUUAUUAAAUUGACAUAGAUGACGUGACUGAUGUCGACAAGUUGUUUAUUCUUGAAUCGUAAUACGGAUCUAUUUUUGUAGUUUUUGUCUUACUCCCGUUGUAAAUUGUAGCCUAGGUCAUAUGCAUUGUUGCUUAAAGUUUAAACAGUUCAAAAAGUAAGACAACCUCUUGGUAAAAUAAACCAAUCAAUGAUGUUAGACGAGCUGGCAAUCGAUUAUUCCGAGUACUUAAAAGUCGACAAUGAAAAUGAGGUUGGCGCGCUAAAAGAUGUAGUCGAAGAUAUGCUCACCAGAUUGGAAGAGUUUCAGACAUUUAUGGAAAUGGUUCGAGCAUUACGAAUGGAAAGUACUGUGAUGCAUUAUGAUUCGAUAAAAGAAAUGAAGUCCAAGGUUACUGAACUCACAGACACUGUAAAUAAAUUAGAAAAGCUGGUUAAUAAAGUUGGUGAAGAUGUAGAAUUAGUUGACCAACAACUAACUGAAGCUGAGGCGUGUAUGCCUAUUAAUAAGGACGGUCCACUAAAUACAAUUCUCAAACCUUUUUUUAAAAAACAAGAAGACCAUUCUUCCAGACAAUUACCUGCCUAUGAACCACCAGUGAUUUUCAAGUCUGAUGAUUACUUUCUUGCAACAGAAGCAGAAGAUGCGCUUAAAAUAAUUGAAAAUGAUACAACCAUUAACAAUUAAUACAAAAAACUUUUUUUCAUUUUAAAACUAUGUAUGGGAUUAAGCUACCUAGUAAUAUAAAAUAUAUAUAUACUAAUUCACAUUA